AUGAUAGGGGGGAUUUUUCCAGUCUUCAAUAAAGAGAUAAGCAAGAUCAAUACAUUUGAGGGGGAGCCUCUUAAAAUUAUGUGUGAAGGAUUUGACCUGCGUGCUUUUCGAUGGACCCAAGUGAUGAUAUUUGCAAUUGAUGAAAUCAACAAAAAUCCUGCUCUCCUUCCAAAUGUUUCUCUUGGUUAUAGAAUCCUUGACUCUUGUGCCUCUCCUACUAACACUGUUCGUGCUGCAUUGACACUGGGAGGUGAACCAGAGGGGAAGGAAAUGACAUCUCCUUGUCCCCCAGCUAUAUCUGCUCUAAUAGCUGAGUCAGGAUCAUCUCAGUCCUUAGCUGUGGCUGAAACUCUAGGACCAUUUCAACUGCCAAUAGUAAGUUAUUUUUCAACAUGUGCCUGUCUCAGUAACAGAGCUAAAUAUCCUACUUUUUUCCGAACAAUUCCCAGCGACUACUUUCAGGCAAAAGCUUUGGCUUCAUUAGUCAAACAUUUUGGCUGGGAGUGGAUUGGAGCCAUACAGUCUGACAAUGAUUAUGGAAGAAAUGGAAUUCUUGCAUUCACUGAGGAGGUUAAGACAUUAAAAAUUUGUAUUGCUUUUAUUGGUACAGUUCUCCGAACUUACCCUCUGGAUAAAAUUCGGAAAGUUGUAGAAAUGAUCAAGCAAUCUACUGUCAAAGUAAUUCUUGCUUUUGUUCCGGAGGGAGACUUUUACCCUUUGAUGAAGGAGAUAGUUAAACAGAAAAUCACUGGAAUUCAGUGGAUUGCUAGUGAAGCAUGGAUAACAGCUGCACGACCAUCCACACCAGAAAUGUACCAAGCUUUUGGUGGAGCUUUGGGGUUUGUUGUACAGAAGAUGGCUAUCCCAAAUCUACAUCCAUUUCUGAAAGAUAUUAACCCUUACAGAGAUCCAAGUAUGCCUUUUGUGAAGGAUUUUUGGGAGAUAAUGGUAACAUAUCACUUACAAAGAGUAAACUUCAGAAACCAGUUUGGAGAUCAUGUGUUUUUUGAUGAGAAUGGCAAUCCUCCUGCCUCCUAUGAUAUCAUUAACUGGCAACUUAAAAAUGGACAGGUUCCUCAAUCGCUGUGCUCUAAUGAAUGCCCAGAAGGGAAAAGGAAAGCUCAAAUCAAAGGGAAACCAAAGUGCUGUUUUGAUUGUAUUCCAUGUGCAGAUGGAACUAUAGCAAACUUAACAGGUGCAAUGGAAUGCACAGCCUGUCCAAAAGAAUACUGGUCCAAUGAGAAACACAGUGAGUGUAUUCCAAAAGCAGUUGAGUUCCUGACCUACCAUGAACCCAUGGGAGUAGCGCUUACAGUUGUAGCGUUACUAGGGGCCAUCCUGUCACUCCUCACAAUGACCAUUUUUAUCCACUACAGAGACACUCCAGUAAUAAAGGCCAGCAACUCAGAGCUGAGUUGCUUCUUGUUGUUUUCUCUCUUUCUGUGUUUUCUUUGCCCUCUCACCUUCAUUGGUAGACCUACAGUCUGGACAUGCAUGCUGCGCCACACAGCUUUUGGUGUGACAUUUGCUCUUUCUAUUUCUUGUGUGUUAGGAAAAACUAUUGUGGUAGUAACUGCAUUCAAAAUCAAACACCCAAGCAACAAAGUUAUGGGACAGUUUAGUCCACUUCAACAAAGAAUUAUUGUUUGCUCUUGCACUUUGAUUCAGGUAAUUAUCUGUAUAUCGUGGUUAACUUUAAAUCCUCCUUUCCCUGACAAAAUUUUUACAUAUAGUAACAAAAAAAUUGUUUUACAAUGUAACACAGGGUCUGAGGUUGCAUUUUAUGCAGUACUCGGAUACAUAGGGAUCCUUGCAGUAAUAUGUUUAAUCCUUGCAUUUCAAGCAAGAAAAUUGCCUGAUAAUUUUAAUGAAGCCAAAUAUAUAACGUUCAGUAUGCUGGUAUUCUGUGCUGUCUGGAUCACUUUUAUCCCAGCAUAUGUCAGCUCUCCUGGAAAGUUUACAGUCGCUGUGGAGAUUUUUGCAAUUUUGUCAUCAGCAUAUGGUUUAUUGAUCAGCAUUUUUGCUAAAAAAUGUCACAUAAUCCUAAUGAAGCCAGAAAAGAACACAAAAAGGUAUGUUAUCGGAGUAAAUGCUAUAAAAAAAGCAUAA